AUGAGAUGGGCCAAAGAUGUGCCCAGUGCCACACCAGCUGCCGCAGUUGCACAGGAGGAGUGUGAGCUGUGUGAUGACUCGUGUAGGCACUGUUCUGGUGCGGGACCUGAACACUGUUUAACCUGCCACCCUGAAUUUGCCCUUCACGCCAUCGACGGCCGCUGCAUGCGUUGCUGCCAGUCUGCGGAGCAGGACAGGGAAGCAGACGGAGACUGUUGUCUCUGUGACACAGGCUCAGCUUUGUGUCUGGAGGUGCCAAUUAUCGGCCGUGGCUGGACGGCCAACGGAAACCUCAGCUCUCAAGCGCUACAACAUGCCUCUGUGGCUCUGCCCACUGCUCUGAUGGUAGCUCUGCUUCUGGCGCUGGUUGUGUUUGCCCUGGUGCGGGCUCGAGCCAGCAGGAAGCUCUGCUGGAGGCAAAGCUACGAGAGGCUUAGCGGGCUGGCCAGCGAGGGAGUCAGACCUGCCCCCCACAUGCCCCACGGUGUCCCAGAACCAGAGGAUGGUGGAGAGGAAUCGGACGUGGUGUACACAAGCAGGAACGGUUCUGUAUACCGCCGCUGCGGCUUCAUCCACGAGCCAGACACCGAGGAAGAGGAAGAAAUCAACGAAUACAGUCAACUGAAUAGAGCAUAG